CGCAAAAAAAUGUUUCUAAUGGAGCGGGUAGCAUUUGCUCUUCUGUGCAGCGCUGUGCUGUCUUCUGCAGCCGUCACUAAGUUGGAGGUGCUAUCACGCAAACAACUGGACGAGAAGACGAAGUACAUGAGCUCUGCAGGCUUACUAGUUGUUUUUGACAAAAGAGGAAAAGCUGCAAACAAGUCUGCCUUGGAUGAGAUGAUUCAGCGUUCUAAGCAAGACAUGCGCUUGUUUAUCAUCAAAGUAGUGAAGUUUGAUUGUGUCAAGGAGCCUAAAGAUAAAUCUUGCCAGUUUUCUGGUGAACAGAAUCUAGUGCUGUGGGUCAAUUGGCAGCCAACAGCUACUCCAUUACCAAUGGAUCUCAUUGACAGUGGGGAUUCACUAGUGGCACAUUGCUUGAUGGUGUUGACUGGACAAUAUUCUACGGUUUUGACAUCUCAAGAGCAGCUUGAGGAAUUGGUUCAAUCUGCUGAAGAACGAGAACAGUUUGCAGUUCUUGGUUACUUUGAGAGAUUUGGGUCUCAAGAACACAAGUCGUUUAUGACCGUCAUGAUGACUGUUCUUGAACGUGCACAUGUUGGGUAUACAAAUAGAACAGAACUGGAUUUCCUUGACUCUGCAUCAAAUAAAGGAGUGACUGCAAAAGUUGUUGUUAUCGUACAAGGUGACGAAGAUGACCCAAGACACGUGUUUACAUAUGCAGACAUUAUUAAGGAAGUGGAACUGAACAAAUUUGUGCAAAUAUUUACAUUGCCAUUGCUUCAUAAACUGAUAAGUUUUGAAGUCGAUGAUCCGUAUUCUCUUUUUGGUCUUCAUUUGGCAUGUGCUCUUAUGCUACCUGACCAAUUUGCAGAACAUAAACCGAUGAUUGAACGCCUCGCAAGACGUUUCAGAGACACAUUUGGCUUUGUAUAUGUUGACAUGAAUAAGUUUGGAAAAAGGUAUCGAAAAUUUGGUCUUGAUAGUCCAAAGAAAUAUCCAGUCUUGUCUAUUAAGGUUCACGGGGAGCUGGAACGAUUCGAGUUUAUUGAAGAUCCAGAAUCGUUUACUGAAAGUUUUCUGAUUGCAUUUUUGAACUCAACGAAGACUGUGUAUCAAGAGGCUAGAAUGAGUAAAGAUGUUCUUAUCUUGACACAAGACAAUUAUCGAAAUGUUGUUUAUUUUUCUGGCAAGGAUGUGAUUGUUGCUUUCUGUCACGACCAUUUUGAGGCUUGUAAUUUGCAAUUUCAUGCAACGUGGCGUCGACUGGGUCGAGGAGUACAUGUAGCUGGCUACUCUGAUAAACUCAUUGUGGGGUUUGUGUCUAUGUCUCCAGCAAGUAAACCACUGGAGGAUGAUAUUGCUGAUUUUCCCGAUAUUCGAUUUAAGUAUGGUAAUGACGAAGAGUUUAUUGGCUACCAACACAAUGGGAAGACACCCCAACGCAAGCUGAAACCUUUGCUUCGGUUCUUAGCUGAAGUUGGGUACCCGGAUAUUGCGGUCAUGAAGAAGCGGGAAAGUGAUGACGUUCCUAUUGUUCCUCCAGAGGAUACUAAACAUGUAGAAUAUCCUGAUGGAUUUAAACCUAAUCCCUUUAACCUCGACAGGAGAGAUAGUGGGGAGAGUUUAGCGAUUCAUCAACGGGCUGAGAGUGAGGAGGAUGAUCUGCUAGAGGAUUUAAGCAAAGAGAAAGAAGGGAGACAUCGACCAAAUGAUAAAAUGGUUGGAGAAACGACUCCUGUUAAUAGAGAGAGAGAGUUUCAUGAAUCUGAGGUGCCUGAAGAUGAGGAAGAGGAUCGGGAAGAUGAUGAAUUAGCUGGGUCUGUGUUUUAUCUGACUUAUAAGAGGAAAUCUGAAUGGAAGGAGGAGACAAUAGCUCUGACUGAUAAGACAAUUGAAGAAAAACGCACUGAAUGUGGAGUUCUUGUUGUUCAUUUUCUCAGUCCAUGGGCGGCCAAGUCUAAAGCACUAACUUCUGUCAUAAAAGAAGCUGCUGCUGGCUUCUCGUCUCACCCAUCUCUCGUGUCUACUAUCUGCUUUACUCAUCUUGACUGUACAGCAUAUCCUGAAGUCUGCGAUCGUUUCAACGUUUACCUAUAUCCAACUGUCAUCAUAUUUCGUGGCAAUGAGGUGCACACAUACAAAGGAUCUUUGGACACAGCCAGUCUCACACAAGCUGUUCAGCUAUUCCAGUUUGAUGUUGUCAUUGAGUUGGAUACCGACCAAGACUUGGAGACAUUUGUUACUGUUGUGUACCCUCCAUUUGUUCUCACUCAAGAGUUCAGCUUGAUUGGCUUUUUCAAGUCCAAAGACUCUAAAGCAUACAAAGAGUACGAGGCUGUUGCUGUAGAUGGAAGAGGGACGUUCCCGCACGUGGCAUGUUUUGGUGACAUUGCAAAGACUUGGUCUAAGAACUUCAAUGUUGAUAUACCAGCUAUUGCUGCUCUUCGACGAGGAAAGUACAUGUUGUCAGAAACUGACACAUUUCAAAAAACAGCAAAGACAGCGUUUGACAAAGGAAAUAUAUCACAAUUUAUCUCUAAGUCUCAGCUUUCUGUUAUUGAACUCACUCCAAUCACUUUUCCUCGAUUUUAUGCUGCUGGCCUUCCUCUUGCAAUUGCAUUUGUAUACAGUGAAAGUUUCUACUAUGAGCACCAAAUGAGUGAUGAUGAAGUUUUGGAACCUCAAGAAAGAGUUUUUUCGAAAGCAUUGGCUGAUGCUGCAAAAGACCCAAAGCUUAACUCAAAACUACUGUUUUGUUGGAUGGAUGUAAAUGAAUACGGCAAUCUGCUGGGCUUCUAUUCAUCAAAUGGGUUUGUACCAACGAUGGUCAUUGUAGAUCGUGAUAAAGGAGAUGUCUACAUGAUGACAGAUAACCGCCCAAAGGCUGCCGUUGAUGUUCUAAAGUGGAUCAACAAGUACCUUGAUGGCGAGCUAAAGCCAAUUCGUAAAUUGAAAUCAGCAGAAUGGAAUCCCGCAAAGCCUCCUAUUGACUUUUUGGCAAAAAUUGACGAUCGCGAGGCAGCAAAACAUCAAGGAAAACCUAUUGACAGAGGUGGAGCAUCUCGAUUAAGAGAAGUACCAAAGGCCAGGCCGAGUAGCGAAGACAUUGUGUAUGGUGAGACAGGAUUUGAGUCAGAACGUUUGCACGAUGAACUAUGACAGAUUAGUAAUGUAGCUACUUCUUCAUUAGAAACAACAGCAGCCACUUCUAGGUACUGUACCAACCUGGAAACACACUAGUGUGUAUGUUUUUUUAUAUUGAGUUAUCUGUUUUGGCAAAUCUUCUGUUUACGUAAUCAAGGCUUCAUUCAAUUGUUGCCGUCUGACAUUGAAAUACCAAGACGACACUCUCAAGCUAUCUGUGUAUUGUGCUUCUUCAGUCGAGUGUCUCAAUCUA